AUGAGUUUAGAAGACGACGGCCUCCUUGGUGACGUUAUCACCCUAUCCUCAAGUGAAGAUGAGGCCCCCCAGGGCCAAAAGAGGUCGCGCCGCGCCUCGAAUGGUUCGCACGUGGUAGAAGGCACUUUUCACCCGCACAAACGUGCAAAAACUAGAUCGUCCACCCGGACUGGAUCAACGGGCUCUGGCGCGUCCGAGGAAGGAGAGAUUGACGAAACGAGGGACCAACUGGACCAACCUUCAGCACCAGAGGAAAUCAUGGACAGUGAGCAAAAGUCUGGAAAACCAAAGCCAUCCGGAGCGUUCAUUCCUCCAAAUGGGCCAGUAUACAACGACAAGGACGCCACCUUCGUGCUUCCUGUCUUUUCUAGUAAGAGGGAGGGUUCGUGGGACGUUCGUUUCAAAGACUGGGUGACCGUCUUUUGCGUUAGCAAUGCCACACACGGACCUUUGCUGACGCCGACCCUCGUCCAGUCAGCCUACAUGCACUAUCUUGAUAUGAAUUCAGGUUUGAAGACGAAGAAGAAGCGAAACGCCAAGCAGGCCGCGAAACACGUUGAAGAAUCCGGAACUCUUGAGAGCCAAGUAAGGUCGACGAACCUCUCUCAACAGUCUAGACCGCCUCCGAAGGCCAGUCAUCCCAGGAAUCAGCAGCCCGCUGCGGCAAAGGAGACGAUAGACCUUGUCUCGGAGAGCGAGGAGGAAUAUGAGCCACCGGUUGGAACCCCUUUUACUGCGCCAAGUACCCUGGAGCCCAACGGAAAUCCCGUUGCUUCCCAACAAGACUUUGUUGGUGAAAGGAUCUCGGACGACACAAGCCACCCUGUAGUUGCAGAGGAAGAAAUGGCCAUGAUUCGAAAAUACUUUCCCAGCGCAAGCGAAUCCGCCAUCAUGUGUCUUCGGUGUGGGGGCGCGGGACACCUCUCAGCCAAUUGUUCCAAGGCGGCUUGUGCGGGAAAUGUCGUCAACUUGGUCAUGGUGCCGCUGAUUGUCAAGAGAAGCUAG